GGGAAAUGGUCCAUCCGUGAAACUAUCAUACCAGUCUUUGACUGGGGGUACUGGUCGGUAAGGGUUUCCUUUCCAGCCUUUUGAAGAACAAGGAGGCACGAGCCCGCCGGCCGACGGUGCUGAGUCCACUUCCCGUCCGCACAUCCCCACCAACAUCCGGACUCCGCCUUGGGGAUUUGGCGCUGUUGUUUGCAUUAUUGACCAAUUCAUUCACAGCGCUGGUAAUUCUUAGACGGCUUCCGCGGGGGUACAUAAACCUAGGAAAGUCCCAUGUCGAAUGGAUGGUUUGGUCAAACUUGAUGAACACGAGGGCCGACACAGAAUAAACAGCCGAUUUCGCAAACAUGGCCCAACAGAAGAAGCAGCAGAUUACCUUUGAGGAUUACCUCGGUGUGACUGAGGCUGCGUUUGAGUGGGCUGACAGCUACGACUCCAAGGACUGGGACCGUCUGCGAAGAUGCAUUGCUCCCACCCUGCGGAUUGACUACCGGUCGUUCCUCGACAAGAUCUGGGAGGCCAUGCCGGCCGAGGAGUUCAUCAGCAUGAUUUCGGACAAGUCAGUGUUGGGCAACCCCCUUCUGCGCACGCAGCACUUCAUUGGCGGUGCCAGCAAGUGGGAGAAAGUGUCCGACGACGAGAUUAUUGGCUACCAUCAGCUCCGCGUGCCGCACCAAGUCUACACAGACUCGUCCCUGUCCAAGGUGGAGGUCAAGGGCCACGCUCACAGCCACAACACUCACUACUACAAGAAGGUCAAUGGCGUAUGGAAGUUUGCCGGGCUGAACCCCAACAUCCGGUGGUUCGAGUAUGACUUUGACAAGGUGUUUGCAAGUGGUCGUGACAACUUUGGUGAGCACUGA